CUCAGUGGCACAUGUGUCGAAGGUCAUCGCCAACAUGAGGACGCGCACACUUCUGUCCAUAACUCUACUGGGCCUGCUGCUGUGGGCCUCCUGCAUCCAGGCCGACGACGACAACACAGACGAAAGCGGUGAAAAACAGACAGAAACAUCACAGGAGACGAAAGAGGAGACUUCAGCUGAGGUAGAGGAGGAGGAAACUGAAGAGGCAUCAGAGAAAGAGAAAACAACAGAGAUAGAGGAGGAGAAAGAUGUGAUGGUUCUCCACAUCAACAACUUUGCCAGAGCUCUCAGCGAGAAUAAGUUCAUACUGGUUGAAUUCUAUGCUCCCUGGUGUGGUCACUGUAAACAGCUGGAGCCGGUGUAUGCAGAGGCUGCUGGGAAGCUGAAGGAGGAGGAACCAGAGAUGCGUUUGGCCAAAGUGGAUGCCAUAGAGGAGAAGGAGCUGGCCGAAGAGUUUGACAUCGGAGGCUUCCCCACUCUGAAACUCUUCAUCAACGGAGACCGCAAGCAGCCCGUCGACUUCACUGGUAAGAGGUCAGCGGAGGGAAUAAUCCAGUGGAUGAAGCGUCGUACAGGCCCCGGUGCACCAGUGCUCGACUCCGCAGAGUCUGCUGCUCAGUUCAUCGACGCCCAUAACAUCUGUGUUGUUGGAUUCUUUGAUGAUCUGGAAAGUGAGGCGGCUAAGGUGUUCAGGGAAGUUGCCUUGGAUAUGACUGACACAGAGUUUGGCCUGACAGUGACUCCUGAGGUUUUCCAGAAGUAUGAAGUAAAAGCAAACUCAGUGGUGCUCUUCAAAAAGUUUGAUGAUGGCAGAGCAGACUUUGCACUGUCGGAGGACGGGAAGCUGGACAAAAAUAAUGUGACAACGUUCAUCAAGGAAAACAGCCUGGAGCUGGUCAUCCCAUUCAAACAGGAGACUGCAGAUAAAAUCUUCACCUCCAGCAUCCUCCUGCACAGCCUGCUGUUCAUCAACUCCACUGUGGAGAGUCAGACAGCCUUCGUGGACAAAGCCAGGACUGUUGCCAAAGAGUUCAAGGGCAAGAUGCUGUUCAUUGUAAUUGACGUGACAGCAGCCCUGUCUCAUGUGCUGACAUACUUCGGAGUGACUGAGAAAGACGCCCCCACUGUCCGCAUCAUCAACAUGGAGACGGGAAAGAAGUUCAACAUCGCCACCGGAGAUCUCACACCAGAUUCACUGCGACAGCUGUGCCAGGAGGUUGUGGAUGGCACUGCCAAGCCCUACUAUCGGACACAGGAGAUCCCAGAGGACUGGAACAAAGGACCAGUCAAAGUCCUGGUGGGGAAGAACUUUGAGUCUGUUGCUCUGGACCAGACCAAAAACGUCUUUGUGGAGUUUUACGCUCCAUGGUGUGGACACUGUAAGGAACUGGCUCCCAUCUGGGAGCAGCUGGGCGAAAAGUACGCUGACCACGACGACAUCAUCAUAGCCAAGAUGGACGCCACAGCCAACGAGGUGGAGUCUGUCGAGAUUAAAGGAUUCCCCACGCUUAGAUAUUUCCCAGCUGGUGGCAAAGAGGUGGUUGAGUACACUGGAAAAAGGGACCUGGAGACCAUGUCUAAGUUCCUGGAUGAUGGAGGAGUGUUGCCUAAGGAGGAGAGUAAUGAGGAGGAAGAUGAGGAUGACGAGGAUGACAAGGAUGAUGAGGAGGGUGACGACACCGGUGAUGAUAGCAAGGAGACUGAUGAGUCGGCAGAGGUACCGAACAACGUUACAUCUAAAGAUGAGCUGUGAUGUCACUCUGGUUUCUGGCCAAUCAGAAUCAACUUAGCAUCUUCCAAUUUUUCUUUAUAAAUAUAAUAAAAUUUGGGUUUCAAAGUGUUGUA